AUGCUCUUCGGCCUUGCCCUCCGCCUCGUGCUUCCGCGUCCCGCCGUGUGGGCUUGGUUCCUCAUUGUCCUUCUCUGUAUCUCCUUGCCUUCCUCCUCCCCGUGCAGUGGGGGAAUCUUCCUCGGUUUGGCUCCUGGGAUGUUCGCCGCCCCGUGCCGUCGGGGAUUCUCCAUCUUCGCCAACCUCGCCGUGCUGCAUGCCGCCUUGCACCCCUGUCGCAUCUUCAUUUUCUUCCGCACCACGACGCAGCUCGCGUUCUGCCUCCGACGCUUCCUCCUGGUAUGCUUCUUCGUCCGCUUCACUCGCCGAAUCCAACGACUGCCUGUCGACGUCGCCAUCGUAUUGGCGCUCACGUCCUCUGUGCUGUCCCUCCGGCAGAUUCCACCGUCGUUGCCAUCGCUUCCGCAGCUCGUCGCAUUCGCGACCCCAGCCCGUCGCCUUCACUUCCCCCCUGUCGCCCCUACUCCCCCCCCUCCCCCCGCUUCCGUUGCCUUCAUUUCCCACUCCCGUCGCCUUCACUUCCCCCCCUCCCGUCGCCUUCACUUCCCCCCCUCCCGUCACCUUCACUUCCUCCCCUCCCGUCGCCUUCACUUCCCCUUCCCGUCGCCUUCACUUUCCCUUCCCGUCGCCUUCACUUCCCCUUCCCGUCGCCUUCGCUUACCCUUCCCGUCGCCUUCACUUCCCCUUCCCAUCGCCUUCUCUUCCCUCUCCCAUCGCCUUCAAUUUCCCCUUCCGUCUGCUUCGAUUCCCUCUUCCGUCGCCUUCACUUCUCCCCCCCCGAUGCGUUCAAUUCCCCCUCCGGUCGCCUUCCCCGCAUGCCGCACUCGCUUUCCCGCCCUUCACACUCGCUUCCCCACCCGUUGCCUUCACUUCCCCUUCCAUUGCCUUUCGCUCUCUCCUGCUCACUCUCUUUCGCCCUGCUCACUCUCUUUCCCACUGCUCACUCUCUUCCCCCCUGCCCACUCUUUUUCCCACCCUUUACUCUCUCCUCUCUUGUUCACACCGUGUUCUCACCCCUCUUCCCCCCUUCACUCAACCGUUCCCCCCUGCUCUCUCUCUUUCCCUCUGCUCACUCUCUUCCCCCCUGCUCUCUCUCUUUAA